ACCAAGUAAUACACUCAGAGGACGACGACGAUGGCCGUUUCGUGGGAUGCUAUACAGACGCUGGCCAUCAUCUUGGGUCCUACGAUCCUUCCCAGGGUGGUUGCAUUCUACAGGUCGAUACAAUCCGCACCGGCGUCGAUACGGAAGCCGUUGCCAGCCAAUGUCAUGCCCAGGAUAGCUAUCCUUGUCGCUUCGGCACUGGUUGCGAUACUCAAGGCGCUUCCUGUGUUGCAGGUGGAGAAUAUCUUCCUUACGACUGGAUCACGAUUGCAGACUCCGAUCGACGUCAUCACCACCAGGCUUCGCUCGCUUGACCUACUAACGCCUUUUAACGAGGCUAUCCUAUCGAAGUUCAACUCGUUCGACGGUCGUUUACUAUACGUGGCAUAUGGACCCGAUGCUUUUGCCAAUUGCACCUUCUGCCGCCUUGACGAAUCUAUGACCUACUUCUUCUACAUCUUGCCGGCCCUGGCACUGGCACAUCUCAUCCACAUUGCGGUCAUUGCUUUGGCAACUAGCGUCAAACCAGCAAAGGCUUUCCGGGCGAACGCGACUGUCGGUGCUGUCGGCCUCGCGCUCUUUGAGAUUUACACGUUUGCAACGUUCAACUUUCGCGCGAACGCUGUAGCCGCAAACACCGGAGCAGACAUCACCUGGAAGUACUGGUCAGUCAUGCGUUGGAGAGGGCUGGGUAUGGCCGCAUUGGAUGUCGUGUUGGCAGUGUCCAUCUACAUGGCAGCCACUGGCUGCUGGAACAUCGGUGCCGACGAUUUAGCAGAGCGAUUGGAGACCGCCGCGGCGAGGGCGGAAAGUACAUUGCACAAGACGAGGGCGGCAGCAUUGGUAAGGGUUGCAGUUGGGUUGAACACGAACCUGAGAGAUGUGAGCACCAACGCAUGGAGGUCGCAAGUAGAGAUCCGUGAAAGGCUACAGGAAGACGAAGAAGUGAGAGCGGUGAAAGAGGAAGCUGGCGAAAGACUCGGCAUCACAGAUCUCAGGAAUGAGGCAAGGGAGUACGUGGACAUCGUAUUUGACAAGGUGCUUUAG